UGCACACCUACAGAUUCAUGCCAACCACCAUCAAACACCAGAAGAAGAAGAAGAAGCGUGCUUUAAAGUCUCGGUGUUAGAGGUAACGUCACUAAUCUGCAGCAAUGAUGUCUUAUAUUCAGUCCAAGAGAGAUUUGGCCAAAAAGCAUCAGGCACCUUCUGAAGAAACAUUGAGAGAGUUCAAAGAAAUCGUCAUCAAGUCUGAGGAAGAGGACGAUGUUCAGAGCGGACUGCAGGAGUUCACCCGGACAGCCCAGAUAAAUUUACACCGAACAGACUUUCCCAAAUAUUUUAUCUCUAAGGAAGACAAGGUUCCCACUGACCAACAGCUCUAUUAUCAGGAGAGGAACGGUAAUGUGGCCCAGGAGGAACCAGAACAUCUGCAGAUAAAAGAGGAGCAGGAUGAACUAGAACAUCCACAAACAACACAGGACCUACAGAAGCUAGAACAUCAACAUAAAAAGCAGGAAGAGCAAGAAAUCUGCAUCAGUCAGGAUGAAAAGCAGUUUGUGCCGAAGCAGGAGACUGAUACCUUCAUGUUGACACCAGCUAAUGAGGAAACAUGCCACAUCGAACCAGAGCCAAAUGGAACCCAAGUGGUCUUUCAGGGUGCUUCGGAAAGUGAGAACCAGGAUGAUGCAGAAAGCAAUCCUAAAGACUCUGUACCAAAGAGGGAUGAAGAGCCAAAACAGAUUAAUAGCUGUCAGAAAACCAUACAGGAUGAUGAAGGUUCUGACAGUUCUCAACUGAAAAAAUACAAGAAAACUCACACAGAUAAGAAGCUGUAUUCUUGUAAAAUUUGUAAUAGAUUUUUUUCUCAAAGUAGUCACUUGACCAAACAUUUGAGAACUCACACAGGUGAGAAGCCUUUCUCAUGUAACACCUGUGGGCAAAGUUACAGUCAAAAGACUGGCUUAAUUUAUCACAUGAGAACUCACACUGGUGAGAAGCCAUACCUGUGUAUGACCUGUGGAAAACGUUACCGUCAAAAAAAUAAUUUAACAGUUCACGUGAGGAGUCACACGGGUGAGAUGCCUUUCACGUGCAUUACUUGUGGAAAGCGUUUCUCUAAGAAAAGCUGUUUUGCAUUUCACAUGAAAAAUCAUUCAGGAGAGAAGCCUUUCUCAUGUGUGACCUGCGGAAAAAGCUACUGUCAAAAAAGUAAUUUAAAAGUCCACAUGCGAAUUCACUCAGGUGAUAAGCCUUUCUCAUGUAUGAUCUGUGGAAAAAGUUACAGUCAAAACAGUGGUUUAACUUAUCAUAUGAGAAGUCACACAGGUGAGAAGCCUUUCUCGUGUAAGACCUGUGGAAAAGCGUUCAUUCAAAAAGGUAAUUUAAAAAUCCACAUGAGAAUUCACACAGGUGAGAAGCUUUUCAGAUGUAUGACCUGUGGCAAAAGUUACGGUCAGAAAGGUAGUUUGGUUUAUCACAUGAGGAGUCACACAGGUGAGAAGCCUUUCUUGUGUUAUGCUUGCGGAAAAUGCUUCAGUCACAAAGGUAUUCUAACAGAUCACAUGAGAACCCACACAGGCGAGAAGCCUUUCUCCUGCAUGACCUGUGGAAAAGGUUUCAGUCAAAAAAAUAGUUUAGUGUAUCACAUGAGAGCUCACACAGGUGAGAAGCCUUUCUCCUGUAUGACCUGUGGAAAAGGUUUUAGUGAAAAAAAUGGCUUGACUUAUCACAUGAGAACUCACACAGGUGAGAGGCCUUUCUCGUGUAUUAGCUGUGGGAAAAGAUUCACUUCUAAAAGUAAUUUAACCAGUCACAUGAGAACCCACACAGGUGAAAUUAAGUAAGGUGAAGAAUUCUUCAGCAAUCCUUUUGGUAACCAACAGUUUAGAAGGUGAAGUAACUAAUAAGUAAUCACAGUUCAUCCAUCCAUCCAUCCAUUGUGAGGGAAUGCCAACUUCUCUCUGUAGUGUCGGAGGGGCUGGGAGCUUUAUGCUGAUGAUGAAAACAUAAAUAGACAAUGUAGAACAUUAUAUGCUCAGGCAAAUUUGGAUCCUGUACAGAUAUGGUUAAAAUAAUGUUUAAAUCAUUCUGUACACAGCUCAUCUCUGGUCCAGUUCUAACAAAAGGAAGCUUGCAAAGGGUGCAGGUGGCCUACAAUGGCGCUUUACAUGAGCUUCUCAGAAGGCCUAGAUGGACCAGUGGAAGUGAGUGAGACAUGUUUGUCUCAGUAGGAUUAAACACGCUGCAAGCUAACUUUCGUAAACUUAUGUAUGGCUUUAUUUGUCGAUUGAAUUAGUCUGUGAAUCAAGUUGUUAUGUCACUAGUUGAUAUCAGAUGUAGUGCCAUUUGUUACCAGUCCAGGAUGUGGAGAUGCUGGUACAGUUGUCUUUUUAAAGUGACUUUUUAAUUUGCUUGUUUUUAUUAUUGUCUGUUGUGAGUGUGUCCUUUUGUAUAUAUUGGACUUCAAGUCCAUAAUAAAGUUUUAAUUGAACUUA